UUAGUUUUGAUGUUGAGAAAGAUGAAUUCCUGAACCGGAUUCUAAAUGAUUAUUCAGAUGUCCUGGCCGAUUAUGAAUUGAGUGCGAACCAGAGUGAGCUGCUGAUUAACGAUUACCCACCAUCCAAUGAAUCAAAUACGAUUAGUAAUCAGUAUUUUGUGGAAGGAGUGCUAACUAUGGGUAUUGGUGUGAUCGGACUAAUCCUCAACACAUAUUCUAUUCUAUUCUUUGUUAGACAAAGAACUCAGAGAACAUUCCACAGACUGCUAGUUUUGUUGGCUAUGACUGAUUCUAUUCAUAUAAUCAGCAGUUUAAUUUCUUUCUCCCUUCCUACUCUUAGUUCAGAAUUCUUUCUUCGUGGUCAUAAAUAUACUCUUCCAUACUCUCUUCCUUUAGCUCAGACAACUAUGGUUAUGUCUGUGUAUCUAACUAUCUCCCUGACCCUAGAACGAUAUAUAUCAAUAGUAUAUCCUCUACUAUCUAUUACGAGCAGACCUACCCGUACCUCUGUCUACUUGUCUGUUCCAAGUAUUAUAUUCUCAAUCCUCUUUACCUUACCAAACUACUUCAUGCUGCACACAGAGGAGCGCAGGGAACUACCUCACUUAUCAUCCAAGUUCCAGUUACCCAAAGAGAAUCAAGAACUUGAGUUCCGGUGGGCUAACUUUAGAUCAAAUGAAGCAUAUAUCACGGUUUACGUACUGUGGCUUCACUUAAUAUUCAUCAACAUUCUACCCUUCUGUGUUCUACUUUGGUUAAACAGGAUCAUCUACAAGAAACUUUCAGAGGUAAAUGUACCAAUCCGAAGAACAGGUGAAAAUAUUCUGCGAAAACGUGAGGUUAGGAUGGCUCGGGUUUCCAUUCUCAUCGUUAUCAUUUUUCUUCUCUGUCACACACUGAAAUUUGUUCCGAGUGUUUGCGAAAUAAUUUCUGGAAACCCAGAAUAUAUUCCCCACGUGGUGGAGUUAGCGCAUCUUCUCAUCAUUGUCAACUGCAGUGUAAAUUUUCUGAUUUAUGCCUGCUCCAGUGGAAACAGUAUCUUUGACAUAUUUACUCUAAGGAGACAAAGAAACACAUCCUCUCCGCUAAUGAGAUCCAACAUUGCGCUUCAAGUGAUUCCUCGGCCCCCCUCGGACCUUGCCUUCAGAGCAGCAGGAGAUCCCUUAGGCUAGAGACCAGCAUGUCAGUCAGUGUUUAAUUAUUCAAGGUGUUUAGAGAUAGCUCUAUAAAACCUGUGACGUACGUGAAUGUAAAAAAAAGUUCAGUUUGCUGUAAUUUCAUUAAGAAAAUUUUGAACUAACUAUUCAUUAAAACUUUUUGAACAAUCAUUUAGGUUUAUGCAUUUACAUUGUAAUUCAAGCAAUCUUUAAACUAGAUUUUUAAACUUAUUUUUAUUUGGAUCCUCUCUUGACAGUGAUAAAGAUCAAAUUUCAUUAAUAAAAUUUUUUUGUAAACAAUUUAAAACCUUUUUCUAAGGAAGCUCUCCGACUGAUGGGCAUCGAUUUGAGGCGGGUUUUCAAACAUUCAAAGUUUUUAGGCUUUUUAAAGGCUUUACAAGUAUCCGAGAUGCAAAUUCUAUUUUAAAAUGGCAUUGUAGACAAGUUUUUUUUACACAAAGCAAAAAUUUACACUAAUCAAAGAUAUUGCCCAAAAUGAUUUUUCAAAACGGAAACGGAAACGGAAAACGAUUUUCAACCGUUUAAUCAGAGGAAAUAUUUUGCUUUGUACAAUAAAACCAAACUUGUCUAUCAUGCAAUUUUGAAAUAGGAUGUGCAAUGUGAAGCCUUUAAAAAGCCUAAAAAAUGUGAAUGCCUCAAAUCGACGCCCUUCUGUAGUUCUACCAAGCACUUACAUAGAAAUAGGAGGAAAAUACUUUGGAUUAGUAAAUACAUUGUGAAAGGAGGUUUAAGCUUAAAUGUGAUGUUACAGUAUUAAAGAUAGACUGAUUUUUGAAAAAAUAUUUCAUAAGAAAUCGUUCGAACAAAGUCAUUUUUUUGAAUAAAAAAGCUUUAUAUUUUAGUUUAAUAUUUAACUAAAUGUCUCCAUUCUGAUUUUUUGAUA